AUGUCAUCGCCGUCCAAACUUCGAUCCAAGAGACAGGCUCGAUACAGACGUCUGUUACACAAACGACUUCCAAUCACAAAAUGGCUUCCAGAAUACAACACGGAAAAGGCUCUAGCAGAUUUAAUUGCGGGCAUCACAGUGGGCCUUACGGUGAUACCACAGGCUCUGGCAUAUGCGACACUGGCUGGACUUAGUCCGCAGGACGGUCUCUACUCAUCGUUUAUGGGAUGUUUCGUCUACAUAGUGUUUGGGUCUUGUAAGGACAUUACUUUGGGACCGACAGCAUUGCUGGCCCUCAUGACCUAUCAACAAAUACAGGGUAGAAACCCUGACUAUGCUGUAUUACUCUGCUUUUUGUCUGGUGUAGUACAACUCGGAAUGGGGUUAUUACAUUUAGGUGUUUUAAUAGACUUCAUAUCAGUACCAGUCACGGUUGGGUUCACCUCAGCAACAUCUGUGAUUAUCGCCGUUUCACAACUGAAGGGCCUUCUAGGACUUCAAUUCAAAUCUGGCGGAUUCUUAGACACUGUUAAAAAGGUCAUAACCAAUAUACCGAAUGCAAGAUUAGCAGACAGUACUUUAGGAAUAUCCUGUAUAGUGCUACUUUUACUAAUGCGUAAAAUGAAAGACGUCAAGCUGCCAGCCAGUCAAAAGGGUUUAAAGAAAACUCUUUGGUUGCUCUCGACCUCAAGAAACGCGAUCGUGGUAGUAGGUUGUUCCGUAGCUGCGUUUUUAUUUGAGACAUAUUCCACUCAGCCGUUUAAAUUAACUGGAACUGUCAAAGACGGUCUCCCCUCGCUGAGUUGGCCUCCGUUCUCCACAGUCGUGAAUGGCAGAUACGUAGGCUUCAUGGAAAUGUGCUCAGACCUUGGCUCCUCGAUCUUCAUAGUUCCUGUUAUUGCUGUGUUAGGCAAUGUGGCUAUUGCUAAAGCUUUUGCAAGUGGCGAGUCAGUAGAUGCGACGCAGGAGUUGAUAACACUGUCGUUAGCGAACAUUUUUGGUUCAUUCGCCGGUGCUAUGCCGAUCACUGGGUCGUUCUCUAGAAGUGCUGUGAACCAUGCCAGUGGAGUGGCCACGCAGUUCGGUAGCAUUUAUACAGGUGUACUGGUGUUACUGGCGCUCAGUCUUCUGACUCCGUACUUCUAUUUUAUCCCGAAGGCGGCGCUGGCGUCCGUAGUGAUAUGUGCUGUGAUAUUUAUGAUAGAAUAUGAGGUUGUUAAACCAAUGUGGCGGUCUCGUCGCGCGGACUUGUUGCCCGCGUUCGCAACGUUUGCCCUGUGUCUGUCGGUGGGCGUCGAGCUCGGCAUCCUGGCGGGCGUCGCCGUCAAUGUCAUACUACUGCUGUACCCCAGUGCCAGGCCACAGCUUGAAGCUGAGAUUAUUACGAAUGCAUCGGGCUUCAGUUACGUUUUAGUAACUGUAGGCAACAGUCUGUACUUCCCUGGCGUGGAGUAUAUAAGACAGUAUGUAGAGAGAGCUGCUAAGAAGCAAGGCGGGUGUAGCAUGCCCGUCGUCAUUGAUUGCCGAUAUGUGUUAGGCGCAGACUUCACAGCGGCCAAGGGCAUCUGUGCCCUGUCGAGCUCGCUGGCCGCGCGGGGGCAGCCGCUGGUGCUGCUGUCGCCGCGCGCCUGCGUCGCCAGCGUCUUCAGCGGCGCCGGGGGCAAUGUCGUCGUUGUACUCACACAUGCCGAGCUGGACUCCACUCUACAUAGUCUUACAGGUCAAAUACCACUACAGCUAACCAGCAAAGAACACACACCGCCUCCAAACUAUGACUCGCUUAAACAAUCAGACGAUGACGUCACAGAAGUAGUCAUCAUUGACGAUCAGAACAGUACGCCACUAUUGUGCAAGAACGGUAUAGCACUAUCUCAUACCAACGGGGGCAAUGACACGUGA